AUGACCUCCUUCAGCCGCCUACCAGACGAGCUCCUUCUGCUCGUGGCCCAGCAGUUGGCCACUCAACCAGACAUCUACCAUCUAGCCCAAGUCAACGCGCGCUGCUACCGAGCACUACAUAGCCAUCUCUGCGCCCAUAACGUCCAGCACCACGGAAGCACGGCCUUACUCUGGGCCGCACAGAAGGGAAACCUCCCAGUUAUAGCCAAGCUACUAGCCGCCGGCGCCAACAUCGUCACGAAGAGAUCCGGGAGGACAGCGUCGGCCAGAAAUGAAUCUUCUUCCCUCCCGAGAAUAGCAGCGCAGGGAAGCCACACCGCGGCUCUCCAGCUCAUGCUCGAAGAGAACCGGCCGAACCAAGCCGCCAGCCUAGAUCAACUGCGGACGCUCCUCCACCGGGCCAUCCGAGCCCACGACGGCCCGCUGGUUGAUCUACUGGUGGGCCAGCGUCGUGCUCUGUUCGAUUCGCGCACCUACAGGGACUGGCCGUCUCCGACGACACCAGACACGUGGCCCUCAGCGCUCAACGUGGCCCUCGAGGCCGAGCAUUACACCAUUGUGCCCCGCCUGCUUUUCCUGCAGCAGGGCUGGAUGCCGCACCGGGACCAUGGCAUAUGCUAUAUCGCGGACACGAAUAACAUUGCCAUGCUCCAGGUUCUGCUGGAUUAUGGCCUGGAUCUCCGGCUCUAUGGUACAGGCGCCGUUUGCGUGGCGAUUUGGGUCGGUCACUAUGAUAUGGUGAAGAUGCUGCUUGAUCACGGUGCUUCUACGAGGCUGGGGUGUAUCUGGGAGAGCACGGAUCGCAGCCCCCAGAUGGAUGGGUAUACCCCGGUUGGUUUUGCUGUCAAGUGGAAGCGUCUGGAGAUCCUGCGCCUGUUGCUUGACAGCGGGGCUCACGCGGACUGGACAGACUUCGAUAUGGCAAGGGAGCAGGGUUUCGAGGAGGCGGCGGACCUGCUUUUGGAGUUCGAGAAAUCUGACCCGGAACCUUUGACUACUGUUUCUGAGGAGGCCGGGGGCCUGCUAUUCGGAACUCCAAUCGAGUUACUGGACCCAGAUCUUGUUGUACCCGAUCGUGUUGAACUUCUUGUUUUGGAUGUGCCGGGUGGCGUGACUGAUGCUUCCCAGAUCUGGGAGGGGAUGUCCAGGUAUGUGCUCCGACCUGUGGAGGGGCAAAGGCCUCACCCGGCGGAAGGUACUAGGUAG